GGAGCGCUAGGCCGGUUCUUCCUAGGACAGCGCUGUGCGCAGGCGCCUUGACGAGUGGGCCGAGUGAGGGGGCGCCUUACGUAGCGGAGGGAGCCAUGGACAACUGUUUGGCGGCCGCGGCGCUGAACGGGGUGGACCGACGUUCCCUGCAGCGCUCAGCAAGGCUGGCUCUGGAAGUGCUGGAGCGGGCCAAGAGGAGGGCAGUGGACUGGCAUGCGUUGGAGCGUCCCAGAGGCUACGUGGGGGUCUUUGCCCGGGAGGCGCCCCACCUGGAGAGACGGCUGGCAGCCGGCCCACAGCGCUUUCUCCUGGGAGAGAGAGAAGAGAGACCCCCAACCCUUAGUGCUUCCUUCAGAACAAUGGCUGAAUUCAUGGACUAUACUUCAAGUCAGUGUGGGAAAUAUUAUUCAUCUGUGCCAGAGGACGGAGGGGCAACCCAUGUUUAUCGUUAUCACAGAGGCAAGUCGAAGCUGCACAUGUGCCCGGACACAGGGAGUGGUCAGAGAAAAGACAGAAGAAAGACAUCCCUUGGUCCUGGAGACAUCUAUCAAGUGUCAGAACAUGCUCCAGAGGCAUCCCAGACCGCUGAGAAUGUCUCUAAGGACCUCUACAUAGAAGUAUAUCCAGGGACCUAUUCUGUCACUGUGGGCUCAAAUGACUUAACCAAGAAGACUCAUGUGGUAGCAAUUGAUUCUGGACAAACUGUGGACCUGGUCUUCCCUGUGUGAUGUUGACCAUCACCUUUUUUUAAGCAGUAAAAAUAAAGUCACUGUAUGAUUCUCUUAAUAGCUGUACACUAAUCCUGUUUUUAGUGCUGACUGGGUCAGCCUUCCCAGGAACUGGAAUCUGUCUCUCAGUGUGCCUUUCUUGAGGGUGUAGAAGUCCUCCAUCCUUGUUUGCCUGACAGUAAUAUAAUCAUGCUGUCUGAACAGAUUUUACUGCCUGCUUUCCAAGUAAAGGUUAAUUAUGAUAAUAAAGAGAUUUGGAAAUGAA